UCUCGAAAAUCUCAAAGCUCACGAAAAUGCGUAUGGCCAGUGCGCUGCUGCGAUCCCGCAAACCACAGAACGAAGCGGACGUACCGUUUCAGGAGGUGUUACCAUUACGGCUGAAAAAUCAUGUCAGUGGCAAAACAGACAAAACGAGCGAUGUUGCCUGCUUGCAGGAGAUGGCCGUACUCUUUUCAUGCCUCAAAACGCACGACUUUAAUGAGAGUUUGUGUGCGAAAGAGGUAGGCACGUUCCAGCGGUGCUACAAGGUAUUUCUGGACAAGAAAUCGGCCAAAAAGGAAACGUCCAGUAAGGGUAUGCUGGUGGCCGGAAAGGACCUAAACUAUAAGCAAUUGAACAAGGUGCUGAAAAAGUAUCCCACAUCGGCACAGAGCUAA